AUGAUGGACGGCUACAUACAGGAAAAAAUUCAAAAAUUUGAGGAAUUUGUUGAUGGCCACUUGAAACCACAGCUUGUUCGCGCUAUUGCUGAACGGGACAAGGUUUUUGAGCAACAAAAGGUUUUCUCAGAUUUGCGAAGGAAUAUAGAGAACUUAGAGAAGAACAGUGUAACUAGUCUCAGAACGAUGGUCAACCUCGGCUCUGAAGUGUACAUGCAAGCUGAUGUGCCAGAUACCCAACGCAUAUUUGUGGAUGUUGGACUUGGAUUCCACGUUGAGUUUACCUGGUCCGAAGCUUUGAAUUUCAUAGCACUAAGGGAGGAAAAGAUAGCGAGACAGAUAGAGGAGUACACUCGCCUAAUAGCAUCAAUUAAAGCCAGGAUCAAGUUGGUUUGUGAGGGGAUCCGGGAGUUACUACAACUGCCAGCAGAGAAAUCUUUACCAGAGCGCGUUUUUUAA